GGUCACAGUAGAGUUGUGUCUAGCGGUGGGUGAGGAAGUGACGCUCCGUGCUCUGGAAAACCGUGAUUGAAAAUAUCCCAGUCGUGGAUUUAUGGUGUGUUGUGAGGAAUAUAUAUAUACCGUGGGGAUUUUUAUACGGGCUUUGGAUUAACACGUCUCCUGUAUCCCUAAGGAAAGGAAGACGUGUUGAGUAUGUUAGUGGAGAACUCCAACGGUGGAGGCGGGGAAGGUCGCUCCUCCACCGCCACCACCAACGGCACUAAGAACGCCACCCCCAAUGGCACGCGAGGCCCCCCGACCACCACCAGAGGCCCCCCCAACACCACCAGAGGCACCACCAACGGCACGGCCAAUGGCACCACCAACGGCACCAGCAGCAGCAGGAACAACAACAAUGGCGUGGUGAAGACGACCGCCUCGACGCCCACGAAGCCGACGCCGACGAUCAGGACCACCAGCAUCUCAGGGCCCCCGAGGACCACCCUGGGCUCCCGGACGCACUCCACCCCAGGGCCGGCUCUCACCUCGAGGCCCAGCUCCCACGCCACGACCAUCACCAAGACCAGCAUCAGCAGCAGCAGCAGUAGCAGCAGCAGGAGCAUCAGCAGCAGCCCUGGCAGCAAGGGAGCCACGCCCAGCAAGAGUGCCUCUGGGGGCCUGGACGCGCAGCUGACCUACACGCCGCCCCACGUCCUCAUCCGCUCCAUCUCGUCCCUGUCGCAGCACUCGCUCAGGCCAGCCACGCCCGAGCUGGACCAGGAGGAUGGCAUUGUGUCAGUACCAGCACUACGCAAGGGCGUUUUGCUGCAGGCACGCGACCGGCUCUUCUCGAGGUGGAAAGAGCGCUACUUUGUGCUUACAAGGGACUACUUGGCGUGCUUCAGGAGAGGAUCGACCAAGUAUUCAGAAAUGGGAUCGUUCAUAUUCAAGGUCAACCUAGCCAGUGUAGAAUGCGUAGAGUGGCAGGAUCGGCGUGGUGGCCCUGCUCUGGCCCUGGCACUCCCUAGGGAAGGCCGUGUCCUCCUCCGGGCCAAAUCAGGGUUGGACCAGUGGUACAGGUUGCUCCUUGAGGCCACCAAUGCCUCCCGACACCGCCGCAAUGUCCUGCGUCGUGGCACCUCCACCACACACUUGAACAACACCACAAACAACAACUUGGACUUAACACCACCUGCAAAGUCAAGUGGCAUUCAGUACAGCCUCAGUGGAUCGACACCCGAGAUCACCCGCCUGUGUGAUUCAGUGUGUGACGAUUCCCCAGGUGGCACGAGCUCGCGUCUCCUUACAAGGCACCAUAGAUUCUCUUUGCUGGCUGAUGCAGACCUAGGCUCUUGCGACACAGACAUUGCAACUCCUCCAUCUUCAGUCACUUCCUCCAACAAGUUCAGCACCUCGACCUCUGCCUCCAACACUUCAGGAUCAGGAGGUUCCUCAUCCCUGGCCUCCUCCCCAUCUCUGCGCGGUUCAUGCGCUUGGCCCCGACCAUCAUCCCCCCUGAGGCCUGUGGUAGGUGAUGCCCCGCGAUCAAGACUCUCCUUAUACGAAGGAGCUCGGGAACUGCCCACCUCGGCCAAGAUGCGGCAUUCCGUUUGCCUGGAGCCCCGCGACGCCCAGGACAUGGCAAGGAAGCAGAAGAACAGACACUCGAUCUGUGUAGAGCCAAGGGAUCUGGCCAGGACACGUGCCUCACUCUGCCUCGAGCCACGCAACCCCCUGCUGGACUUGAUGGAAAGCGUCGAAGCUAUUCCCACGCUCAUCUCACACGAGGAUAGUCGGCUGCCGUCUUCUGCUAGAACUUCACCUUCAAAGAGUGAAGGAGAUAGAAGAUCAACCACCGACGUUCCCCUCCUGGUCAGCGAAGUGGACACGAGUCCUUCCCCCAGCGGUGCCCCAGCCCGUCCACGUGCACACUCCACAUCACUGACCCCAGAGCGCACCCUGGGCCCCCGCUCGCGCUCCAAUCUAGGCUUCUUCCGACACUCAGGCCUCUUCAACCAUUAAUCUUUCCUUGGACUAGUGGUAUUGGUAUUUCGACUGCCGGUUUCCUUCCAUCCUUCUUACUGAUGCUGUUCGAAGGGGAUAUGUACAUUUUUAUAUGCAAAAAAGGAUUGUAAGAUGUGAAAAUAUAUAUAUAAUAAAGAGCAGAAUCUAGGCACCAGCAUACACUACCUCCCAACUGUGCUCAUGCAGUGUUUGACCAUCCAUCUCUCCCUCUUGAUGAGAGAAACGUUUUGACAAAGAAUAUGUGAAUUAUGUAAGCAUAUAAGAGUGUUUUUCAUGCACACUAGAAGUUGCAGAGUCAGUGUGAUUUAAUCUUGUAUUAUGUUUUAGUAUUGAGAUUGAAGAUUAUAUUGCUGUUAUUUUUCCCCAAUGUCCCCCUCAAUGUCCUUUGUAUUUUGUCUUUAGUUCACCAUCCUAGAUAUUCUAAAUAUUUGUAAAUAGUUCAUCUGAUAUCUCUCUUGUUCUUAUUAAUAAAACAGUGGAUAUUAAUGAUUAAAAAGAAAAGAGACAGGACACUUUUUUCGAAUAAUAGGGUCUGUCACAUGACAAGAACAAUGUUUACUAAACUGGAAGAAACAAGGCAAAAAUGGUGUCUUGAGGAAGUCUUCACAGAAAACAACGUGAAGCUAAUUAUCUCCUUGGAUAGAGACUUGGCUUAACCACAUCUUAAUUGUGCCAAAUUGGGAUGAAACAUCAACACAUCUCAGCUCUCAGAAGUAGAGGAAAAUGUACAGUUGGAUGUGAAAACAGUUUGAUCUAUAAAAAAAAAGAAAAAAAAGGAAAGAAAAAAAAAUGGAACAACAUAGGUAUUUAUGUUAGGUAUUUGCUCAAUGCAGCAAGCAAUCAUUGAUUUUUCUUUUGCAUCUGCUUUUUUUACCCCCCAUUUCCCCCUUUUUUUUUUUUUUUUCUUUUUUUUCUUUUUUCUUUUCUUUUCUUUUUUUUUUUUUUUUUUGGUGAUGUUCUUGAAUAGCCAGAUAAAUAUACCAUGUAUAAACAUUGUCCACUGUGGUUUGUCAUUGUUCGAUGACAGAUGGAUACAGUUCUUGUUUAUAUGAUCGACUUUGUAUGUGGGUGAAUGUACAUUUUGUAAUUUUUAAUUGUGUAAGUUAAUAGUUAGUGGAUUCUGUACAGUACAUAUUUUUUAUUUCCAAAGUGAAUAUACCUUGACCAGUGAAAGUCUGUUGUAUAGAAUGUACAAGUACUCCCUACUGAAAAGAAACUAGUCAUUUUAGGGUUUGGAUACAGGAACAAAGAUUGAUACACAUAUAAACAGAAAAUGAAAAAAAAAAA